AGUUAAAGAUAUCUCAUUUUCUAUUUAAUUAUAUUGCAAUUAUAAAUGCAUUAUACGAUAUAAUUAUAUGAGGUUAAUUUAUCGCAAUAAUUUUAUGAGUUUUAUUAAAAAAUAAUAUUUGUUGACGGAAUAAUUGUACGUACCAAUUUUAGUUUUAUAUAUUAUUGCCACAUAGUAGUAAUCAUAUAUAAUAAAGAAAUAAAAUGAGCGGAGAAGAAAAAGUUGUUACAGAAGUUCCAAGUAGUUUAAAGCAACUAGCUCGUCUUGUUGUACGUGGCUUUUAUACUAUAGAAGAUGCUUUGAUCGUGGAUAUGUUAGUAAGAAAUCCAUGUAUGAAAGAAGAUGAUAUUUGCGAAUUGUUAAAAUUUGAACGUAAAAUGUUAAGGGCAAGAAUUUCUACUUUACGCAAUGAUAAAUUUAUACAAGUUAGAUUGAAAAUGGAAACUGGAUUUGAUGGGAAAGCGCAGAAAGUCAAUUACUAUUUUAUUAAUUAUAAAACAUUUGUUAACGUAGUCAAAUAUAAAUUGGAUUUAAUGAGAAAAAGAAUGGAAACUGAGGAACGAGAUGCAACAAGUAGAGCUAGUUUUAAAUGUACAAAUUGUUUAAAAACGUUUACAGAUCUUGAAGCUGAUCAAUUGUUCGACAUGUCGACUGGCGAAUUCAGAUGUACAUUUUGUCGAGAAGUAGUAGAAGAGGAUCAAUCUGCUCUACCAAAAAAAGAUUCUAGAUUACUAUUAGCCAAAUUUAACGAACAAUUGGAACCUUUGUAUAUUUUAUUGAGGGCAGUGGAAGGUAUCAAAUUGGCACCUGAGAUAUUAGAACCCGAGCCAGUGGAUAUUAAUACUAUUCGAGGUAUCGAUACAAGGAAACCAAGCAAUCUUAGGGCACCUAACGAACAAUGGUCUGGCGAAGCAACAAGAACGUCUGGUUUUAUGGUAGAAGAUACAAGGGUUGAUGUUACUAUUGGAGAUGAAUCUUCCGAAGAUAACGCAGCAAAUCGUAGAAAAGAAAGACCUAUUUGGAUGAUGGAAAGUACUGUUAUUAAUGCUGAUGGUUCUCAAGCUGAUGGAAUAAGUACACAAGAAACAAUUUUGGAUAAAGCAGCUGCCACUGCCACUAAUAUUAUUACUACAAAUACCAAGCAAGGCGAAGAUAUUAUGUCAGUUUUAUUGGCGCAUGAAAAGAAAGGUGGGACCAAUUCUACAACAUCUGCUAUUAAAGCAGUACUACCUCAAGAAUCCAGCGAUAGUAGCGAUAAUGAAGAAAUUAAUGACAUGCAAACUAUGGAUACAGGUGAAGUAGAAACUAUGGAUUCUGAUGAUGACGAUUUAGUACCGACAGUUAGUGUGGCUGGAAAAAGUGUUGCUAUUACAGAUGUUAAUGAUACACUAAUAGCAGAAAUGACACCCACGGAGAAAGAAACUUAUAUUCAAGUUUAUCAGGAAUAUUAUUCUCAUAUGUAUGACUAAAUCAAAAUUAGUCUAAAUCAUUGAAUUUAUAAAUAAUGA